GUGAGACGCCAUGGAGGAUCCUGCAGCGACGGAAGGAUGGCGGGAAGAUGGCGGCAAGGCGCAGUGGAAGUCGCUGCUCAAACACUCGUGCCUGCUGUGCUGGACCACGUCCAAGGAGGCGGACGUGGCGGAGCGCGACGAGCGCGUCGUCAGCAAGGCGGCGGAGAUCACAGUAAGAAGACCCAGGCACCUUGCGCUGGAGCUGGAGAACGCCGUCGCCGUGGAGAACUUGGAGCUUCAGGAGCAGCAGUCGGACCGCCGGGAGUUGGAGGAAACUUUGCUGGAGUUGGAGAAGCACAAAGAAAAACUCAGCCAGCAAAUCAAAUCCAUCCGACAGCUUUGUUAUGAAGAGAGUCAGCAGAUCUUGUCCCUGCAGGCGGAGGAGGUGAGCCGGGAGAGUCAGGUGGAGGAGUACCAGCGAGAACUGGCCAUAGCGAGGUGGCGUCUGCGGAAACUGAAGGAGCAGGUGAAAGGAGCCAAGAAGAGGACUGAGGAGGCCGGGGACAGGUCCAGUCCUCUGCAGGACUCCAUCAGACAGUCCUACCAGGAAAUCCUGCAGGAGGAGAACACUCUGUGUUCUCUGUCAGGCGGCGCCGUCACCCCAGAGAGCCAAUUAGACGGCUCCACAUCACCUGCCGACACCACUGAGGACGAACCACUUCCUAUGAGACCGUGGGGGCGGAGCCAAUCGCUGCCUGCGUACGCCGACCUCAUAAUGGUGGCCAACAGCGCCCCCUUCUGCAACAACCUGGCUGACACCAGGGAAGAAGUGGACAACAGUGGCAGCAGCUCCCCUAAGAUGGAUGAGUCCAACCCAGAGGACGUGAACGCGGGACCGAAAGAAUCUGUUGUCAACCAACUGGACUUCUACCAAGCCGACCCGUUUGGUCACUGCCAGAUAGAACACGACAUGUUCAACGAAGACCUGUUCCCAAAAACCGACUCGUCGGACGGAUUUACGUCGGAUCCUUUCAAAGGAAGCGAUCCCUUUGCGGCGGACAUUUUGUUCCUGGAGGCGGACGGCGCCGGCGACGAGGCCGACGCCAGUCUGUCCUGCGCCGAGAACAAAGCUUCCACGGGGACACAGUGCUUCGAGUCGGAGUUCCCCGACGAAGACAGCGACAUCGAGAUCAGCUACAGUCAAGACGACCCGGGCGAAGUCCCGGAGGAGGCGGACCGCGCCCUGGGAUUCAAGCCCAUCCAGAGUUCCUCGGAGGAGCUGGGCCCCGAGCCGGUCCGAGGCUGGCACCAGCAGGGUCAGUUCUCCGUGGAGUCCGACCCCAACGGCUACGAACUGGACCUCAACAUCUCCCCGCCCUCUGACGUGGAGGAGUACAGUCCCGGGUCUCUGGAUGGAGAACCCGCCAAGGAGACCUCGGUCGACCUGGGAGAAGCAGCUGACGUCGACACCCAGCUGAGGGACCAGGCCACCUUAGACCUGGACAAAAACCAGUCCCUUAAUGGCAAUCCCGUAGAAGCGACGGAUUGGACGGACAGCAUCAAAGACCCGCCAACGCCUCAAAACUCCAGUGACCUCCACUCUGAACCUGAGUCCCAGCAGACUAACCUGGUCUUUGAAAUGGACUAUGGACUGACAAGUCAGUCUUCCUUUGAUCCGUACGGAUUUAAACUCAGUCCAGAGCAUUCCAGUCACACCCUCGUAGACCCCAAUGAAGCGGAGCUAAGCCCAGUAGCCAGCGAUCAAGAUCUGUCUUUUGAUCCUGAGACUUAUUCUCCUCAAGAAGACCCGCUGAACUUGUAUUCCUACGAGAUGGUCCAGGACUCCGACCCCUACGGCUUUAAGCUAAGCCCAGAGGAGGAGAAUCAAGAGGUGCCGGGACAUGAUAACCUGGAAGACCUGGACCUCAGAAGAUUUGAGGACAAGGAAGAAGAACAGGAAACCUUUAACUAUAGCAACCAAGAGGUACUGGACUGUGCACCCCUCGAGAACCAAGAAGUUCUUGAUCACUGUAGCAACAAUAACCAAGAACUGCUUCAGAUUAGAAGUCGAAGCCAAGAAGAGCGGGUCGACACCGACAAUGUUGAGUUUGUAAGCAAAGAAAAUGAGGAGUUCCUGAAUCUCUGUAGUCCUGAAAACCAAGAAGUGGUUGAACACUUUCGGAGUGGCAAAGAACUGGAGCCACGUGGAAACGAUAACCAAGAGUCGCUGGAAUCGUGUAGCCAUGGUCAGGUGGAGCUUCUCGACCUCUCUUUCCCGGAGAACCAGGAAGUGUUGGAUUUCGAUAGCUGUGUCAAUCAGGAAGUACUAGAAAAUCAGGAAGUCUUAGGUAGCCAUGAAAACUGGGAAACUUUGAAUCCUGGGAACUGUGAAAACGAGGAAAUGAUCGAUUUUGAUAGCCAUGACAACCAGGAGUUGCUCGACUUGGUAAAAGACGAGGUUCUGGCUGAAACCAACAACAAUCAGCGUGUCCUGGAACCAGAGCCUGAAGUCAGUCCCACCAAUACCAGCUCAGACAGUGACGUAGCACCAGAAGACCUGCUAGGACUACAACUCAGUGUUGUCCACAGCAACAUGUCCACUAACCAGGCUGGGAGCUUGCUGGAAGGCGAUCUCGGUUCUGUAUUCCGGUCUGGGGGAUACAUUGGCUGCCCUGACGUAGCCGAUGAUCUAGAGCCUCUGAACCGCAGACAGGUCAGCACUGUAGCAGAGCCGGUUCGGCCAGUCAGACCGGUCAGACCUCCUCGGCCUUCACUUCGGGCAAAGGACAAGUGUGGGUCUCCAACUCAGGGAAUCGACCUAAAAUGAUCCAUCCGUAAUCAACUGUGGGAAUCUUUUCAAAAUAAUGGCACGGAGAAAGAAGACGAGUGAUAUAAAAAAAUGAAUGUAUGUUUAUCGCAAUAACUGUCGUCUUACUGGGACAGUUUCUGAAGUCCGGCUGAUUGUGACCCUCGACGGUAGAUACUUUGCUUUCUCAUGUCCUAAAAAGGACUCAUCGGUCGGAAUCAGCUUUUAUUUUGACAGUCCAACCAGUUUCUUCCACAAAUAUUCUAGAAGACUUUAUCUCCAGCUGUCAAUUGUGUCUUAACACUUAGAUGUAGUGGUUAGUGACUUGGUGGUUUUAGUAUCAACCAUUUUAGAACAGAGGGAUUAGAUGUGACCUCGCAUCCAAGUAGACCUGAUCACUUCAUGCUCAUAGACUUAGAUUGGUCACAUCUGAUCCUAGACUUAGAUUGGUCAGAUCUGAUCUUAGAUUUAGAUUGGUCAGAUCUAGACUCAGACUUAAAUUGGUCACAUCUAGUCUUGAACUUAGAUUGGUCACAUCUAGUCUUAGACUUAGAUUGGUCAGAUCUAGUCUUAGAUUUAGAUUGGUCAGAUCUAGACUCAGACUUAAAUUGGUCACAUCUAGUCUUGAACUUAGAUUGGUCACAUCUCGUCUUAGACUUAGAUCGGUCACAUCUAUUCUUAGAUUUAGAUUGGUAAGAUCUAAUC